CCAAGACUCAGUAUGAGCCAUCGUAAUCACGUUACUAUGCGCUCGCCCGUGCUGUGGCAGAGCUCAUGGGCGCAUUGUAUGAGGAUCAAUGGAGCCUGUUUGCGAUCAUGCUCCGUGGACACAUCCCCGAGGACUCCGCCGUCUGAGCAGCGUGUACAACGGACCUCCGUUGUCACUUCUACGUCUGUCUGCUUCUCAGAUUUGCGUCGCGACUGUUUUCUGCAACAACUCGGUGAAGACAGAAGUUCGUUCUGACUUCGAGUAGAACACAAUAUAAGUUGGCGCAGCGAUGUUGGAAAAUCAAUCAUCUCGGAGGCGUUGUAGGAAUCUUAAGCCACGCUUACAGCUGAGUGCGCCAGCCACUGUCCUUCCACUCGCUUCGAAUCCACAUUUGGUCAUGAUCUAAACCUGUUCUCACAACAACCACCGAACCAUCACAACAUCUCAAGAAUUAUACCUUCCGCCGAGCGUUUACGAUGGCACCUCGUGAAGAGAUCUUCUCGGCCGCAACCAAAUUCCUCGCGCCGCUACAUUUCCAUCAAAGCUUAUGGAUUCCCGAGACCGCCAAACAUCCACGACUCCGUGUGACUUUCGCUACCACGAGCAAUUUUGCUCGCGCAGAUAAUGAAGAUGAGUCGUCGGCCUUACCAACAAUGCUCUUUGCCGGACCGAUGUUCGGGACUCGCUACAUGGCAAUCGAAAUGGAUCGCUUGAGCAGAGAACACGGCGUGCGAGGCAUCUUCAUUGACAGGCCAGGCUUUGGUGGCUCUACGCCUGUUCCACUCUCGCAACGUGUCGCUGUAUGGAUCGAAGCAGUACCUCUUGUGCUGGCGAGGCUCAACGUCAAGCACGUGGCGCUCUUCUCGCAUAGCGCAGGCACGAUCUACUCUCUCAACACUUUGGGCCAGCUGAGGGAGAUAUUGGAUCCGGCGAGACCAUAUGUCGCAUUCAUCGCACCAUAUAUCCAUAACGACCACUCCUCCGCAACCUUGACCACAAUCCUCUCUGCUCUGCCGAAUGGUGCGUUUUCAGGGUGGGACGGUAUAAGCAGGUUCAUCAAUCUUCGGCUUGCGCCCAUGUCGGGUUGGUCCAGUGGAGCUUUCAAUUCAUUAAGCUCACUGCUCAAGAGGUCAACAGAGUUUGAUACCGAGACCGAUGCUGCGCUACGCUACGGCGUCAACAAUGCUUUGGCCAAGGAGAUUGAGGUAUUAGUGGUCCAGUACAUCUUCACAGAAGGCGCUUUGGGUGCGAAUGAUGAAGCAAGGCUGUGUCUUAAGAAAGGUGGAAAGGAUCUGUGGGGUGUGACGGAGAAUUUCAGAGAGUUUGUCCAAAUAUUGGCGGCCAGCAUAACAUCGCAGCAUUCUCCUGGGGUCGAGGACGCAAAAUUGCACGUUCGAUUAUUCUUUGCGGAAUCGGAUGUGAUGAGUGGUAAAAAAGGAGAGGAAUACUUCGAUCACAUCUGGCGGCAGAACGAAGCAUGUCGGCAGGCUUUCGAUGUUAAGAGCAUCAGUGUACCUGGGACGAAUCACGAGACGAUUCUGGGGGACCAUAGAGUGGGAGCCUUAUCUAGAGUCUUCGAUGAGGUCCGGAGACUACAUGAGCAGAGUAUGCUGUGAUAGGUUCGGUGGUAGAUGUUGAACGGCGAUCUAGGUAUCUAUCAAAAGCACAGAGGUGUACUGGUUCAUGGGUGGAGGACACAUUUUCUAGCUCCCCUGAUCACGUUCGCUUCAGCAGAAUCGACUCUCACUAUUCUUUCCUCGAGUUUCUU